UUGCAACAUAUUUUUGACUUGCAGACGCAUUUGACAAAAAUAGAAAGCAAGCGAGAAAAAUUAUUUCAAAAAGGACUAUGGUCAAAACAUCUCAAAAAAAAAUAUCACUUUCGAACUUCGCAGCAUAGAUCGAGUCUGGGAGAGAGAGUUUAUGACUAUGAUGACUUGGAAUAUGUCGCAAAUGUGUCGAUUGGUUCUCCUAUCGGAACACAAAAUUUUUUGGUAGUCCUAGAUACCGGAUCAUCAAAUAUUUGGAUUCCAGAAAUAAGCUGUAAAUCAGUGGACUGCCACCACAAGAAUUUGUAUAAUUCCUCACUUUCAAAAACUUUCAAAGAUGAUGGUCGAAAGUGGUCUAUUCUUUACGGUGACGGCUCUCAUGCUCAAGGAUUAUUAGGCACAGAUUAUCUUACUUUUGGAUUUGGACAAAAUGAUUUACUUGUGAUUCCAAAUGUCACAUUUGGCCUGGGUCGAAAAUUAAGGGGCUUCAAGCAAGAUCCAGUAGAUGGCAUUGUCGGUUUAGCGUUUACAUCAAUUGCUGUAGACGGUGUUACUCCACCAUUAAUUGCUGCAAUUAAUCAAAAAAUCCUUGAACUUCCUCUUUUCACUGUUUGGUUUUGUGAUUUUUUGCAAAAGGAUUUUGGUAUGCGAAAAAAUGUAUUUGGAGGUAUAUUUACGUAUGGUGCCAUUGACAAUGUAAACUGCGAUGAAACUGUUCAUUACGAACCACUUUCUUCUGCAACUUUUUGGCAGUUUCGUUUGCGUGGUAUUAAAAUUGGUCAUUAUUCCAUAACUGGAAUGUGGGAUGCGAUAUCUGAUACUGGAACAUCACUUAUUGCUGGACCAGUCGCUAUUGUCAACAGUCUAGCUUUAGCUUAUGAGGAAGAGGAAGAAAUGUUUUUCAUAAAAUGUGAUGCUAAACCUCCUCCACUGACAUUUGUCAUUGGCUCUCAAGAAUAUUAUAUAAAACCAGAAAACUAUGUAAUAACGAUUUCAAAUGGUACAUGCAUAUUUGCGUUUAUGCCAUACGAUGGUAAUGGUUUUGGUCCAAUAUGGAUAUUAGGCGAUCCUUUUAUUAGACAGUAUUGCCAGAUUUAUGAUAUCGGUAAUGAACGUAUUGGUUUUGCGUCAUCAAAACAAUCAGCGUUUGACGUAUAUGAAAAUGAAAAAUAG